UGGGGAAAACAGAAAAAGAAUGGGGAUGACGAAAACAGCUGUAGAGAGAGAGCGUGGAAGGGAGAAGAUAAUGGCGAAAAAGAUGAAAGAGAGAAGAAAGACAAAGGAAAGGAGGCUUUGGCCUCCUACUGUUAAAAGAAUAAUAAUAAAUAAAUGAAAGUUGCAAUGCAUAAAUUGUGAAAAAGACGAGAACGGUCUCCUCUACCAUACGUAAAAAAUAAUAUUUAUAUUAUUAUUAUUUUUGAGUUACGUUUAGAAACUUUUAACAAUAGAUGGAUUGAAUUAUUUGUCAGAAACUGUAAGCUCUGAGGAGCAGUGGGUGGCGAGCUCAAAAUAAGGGAAAAAGCAGAGUCUAGGCCCUGUGCUUCUCUCCUCUGCACUCUGAACUUGUGCAUUUGAGAGAAUGAAGCAAGGGAUGGUGAUGGAGAUGGGGAUAAUGCUGUUAUACGGUUGUAUUUUGAUUGGAAUGGUUUUGGGCGGAUCUGUUGAUGUUAUUCUAAAAUCAGAAGUCAUGUUGCCUUUUCUGGAGAGCGGUGCUUCUUCCCCUGCUCCUCCUGCUGCUCCCAAACCUCUUAUGGUCGGCCUUACUCUUAUUCAGGGAGCUGACGCCAAAGGAGCUGUCUGCUUGGAUGGAACAUUGCCUGCCUACCACUUGCAUCGUGGGUCUGGAUCGGGUCAAAACAGUUGGCUCAUUCAAUUAGAGGGAGGCGGGUGGUGUAAUACCAUCAGGAGCUGUGUUUACCGCAAAACUACACGACGUGGUUCAUCCAAAUUUAUGGAAAAAGUAUUACCUUUCACUGGAAUAUUAAGCAAUAAACCAGACGAAAAUCCAGAUUUCUUUAAUUGGAACAGAGUCAAGUUACGAUAUUGUGAUGGGGCAUCUUUCAGUGGGGAUUAUCAUGAUGAGGCUGCACAGCUUUAUUUUCGAGGACAACGAAUCUGGUCAGCUGCUAUGGAGAAUCUAAUGGCUGAAGGAAUGCUAAAUGCCACUCAGGCUCUUCUUUCUGGAUGCUCUGCUGGAGGUCUGGCAUCCAUAUUACACUGUGAUGAGUUCAGGGACUUGUUUCCACAAUCUACAAAAGUGAAAUGCUUAAGUGAUGCUGGACUUUUUCUUGAUGCAAUUGAUGUGUCUGGCAAUCGCACGCUACGGAAUAUGUAUGAAGGUGUAGUUAGCUUACAGAAAGUGCAAAAGAAUCUACCGAGCACGUGUACCAGCCGACUGGAUCCAACUUCAUGCUUCUUCCCCCAGAAUUUGAUUGCUAAUAUUAAGACUCCAUUGUUUAUUCUCAAUGCAGCCUAUGAUACAUGGCAGGUUCAAGCUAGUUUGGCUCCACCUACAGCUGAUCCUCAAGGUUCUUGGAAUGAAUGCAAACAAAAUCAUGCACAAUGUAAUUCAUCCCAAAUCCAAUUUUUGCAAGACUUCAGGAAUCAAAUGCUAGAUGCCAUAAACGUCUUCUCAAUGACAACUCAAAAUGGUUUAUUCAUAAAUUCUUGCUUUUCUCAUUGCCAAUCUGAGAGACAAGAUACAUGGUUUGCCACUGAUUCUCCAGUCAUUCGGGACAAGAGGAUCUCACAAUCUGUUGGAGACUGGUAUUUUGAUCGAGUUGAUGUUAAAGCCAUUGACUGUGCAUAUCCCUGUGAUAGUAGCUGCCAUAAUCUAGUAUUCAACGAUGUUAUUUCAACCAUAACAUUCUCCGAGUCCUCAGGAUUAACCUUGACCCCUCUAAAUCUGCUUAGUACCUUCCUGGUAUCACUAACAUGUACCAAAAGCACCAUGGGGUUUCAGAUUGAUCAAUGACACUCAAUUAAUAUCUGGGAAUCCGUAGGCAUUGCAGAUACAGCUGCAUGAGCUUUGCUCACAAGUCAAGACCAUGUAAUAUCCCUAAAUUCAAGGGCUUAUUUUUUGACAGCCAUUGUAUCACUAAAUUUGGUAUGUUAUUUGCAGCUGCUCAAGCGUCUUAGUAUAUAAUAGUCUAUCAUCACGGUUUAAACAACGAAUAACAUUUCUCGAGUUUUUGCUGCUGUU